ACAGCCGAGGCAGAAGAGAGCAGAGUGGAACCAGAAUGGCAGAAAAUGUCAUUGACUCUGACCUGAACUUGCCUGAACCACCCAGAGCCAGGCUACACACCAUCCCUGAUGGCCAAGGUCAGAGCCAUUGUUCCAGAGCACGAGCUGCUGCUCUGCUCGCUGUCCUGCUGGUGAUCAUCCUCCUGCUGGCCAUAGCCCUGUAUCUGACACUCAGCACGGCAGGCAGCCAACAGGACUCAACAGCACUGACCUCCAGCAGCCAAAAUGUCUCAGCACCAUUGUCCCCCAGCAGCCAAGAGGAAUCAACAGAGUUACCCCCCAGCCAUGAGGAGGCACCAGGAAGAAGUUGUUGUUCCACAACACGAGUUGCUGUCCUGGUCACUGAGAUAAUCGUGCUCCUGCUCCUUGUUGUGUGUCAGAUACUCCCAUGUCAAAGCCAUUGUUCCAGAACACAAGUGUCUGUCCUGGUUGUUGUCCUGGUUCCCAUUGUAGUGGCCCUCACCCUGUCUUGGACGCUCCCAUAUGGUCCCACUGCAGGCAGCCAAAAGGGCUCAACAACAUUGUCCCCCACCAUUCAUGAGGACCCAACAACACUGUCCCACAUCCCUGAAAGGACAUCAGGCUGCCCCUCAGCAUGGAAGAAACAUGGCAGAAAAUGCUACUUCUUUUCUCCAAAGAGGGAACCAAAGGACUGGAAUGCCUCCCAUGCAGAAUGCAGUGCCAUGGGCUCAGACCUGGUGGUCAUUGACAGCAGGGAAGAGCUGAGGUACCUGCUCUCACAGUCAAGAUAUAACUACUACUUCCUUGGUCUCAGAUACUCUCCAGAGGAACAAAAGUGGAAGUGGAUCAACAACGUGGAACAUGACCCAGCCAUGUUCCGUAUAAUUGGACCUUACCAUGACUAUCACUGCACUGUCAUUGGAUUUGGUGAAGUACAAACUGAACCAUGUGGUGGAUCCUCAACAACACAAAAUAUGUGUGAAAAAGCUGCAACAAUUUCCGACAGGCAUCUGUAGGAGAGCUAAAACCAACCUGUGCAGGCUGAUCUGUUCUGCCCAGCUUUGUGUACGAACCAUGGAUGGGAUGUGUCCCAUUUCCCUUGAGCUGCCCAGUCUCUGCUCCCAGGCUCUCCUGCAGCCUCUCUCCAGCCUCGGGGCUGAGCUCAGCCCAGCCUUUCCCUGCUGCUGCCUGAGCCUGGAUGGAUCCCCUCUGGAAGAGCUGGCCCUGGCACACAGGAGCACUCUGGCACUGUCUCAUGCCAGGGGUGGCACUGCCAGGCAGGCACUGCCAGGGGAGAGGAGUCCAGCCUGGGCACAGGGGUGAUCCCAAACACAUCCUGACUCAUCUGCAAGUCCCAUCCAUCUCCAGCCCUGUGUUCCCAGCCCUGCCUGGGCACAAGGAGAGCCUUCCCCACCUGGCCACAGCCUGGCCUUGCCUGCAGCCACAAGGGAAGGGCAGCACAGAUUUCUGCCUGGGAUCCUGGAGGGAAGGGCAACCCCACUCCUCGCCAGGAUGGACAGGAGAAAGUCAGGUGUGGGUGUGGAUAAACCUUCCCCUGUCCCAGACUGUUCCAAGAGCACACAGGAUCCCAGAGCCUGGGAGGGGAAUGGGAAUCUUCCCAAGGGAAAGGAUCCUACAGCAGAACAGCUCUGGGCACAAUAUCAGCCCCAGUCCUUUGUGGGGAA